AUGGGAAAACGCCCAAGCUUCACCCACAGUUUUGUUGGGAAACGAGAUCAAGGAUUUGGUCACAGUUUUGUGGGCAAGCGAGCACCCGGAUUUGGGCACAGUUUUGUGGGCAAGCGAGCACCAGGAUUUGGUCACAGUUUUGUGGGCAAGCGAGCACCCGGAUUUGGUCACAGUUUUGUGGGCAAGCGAGCACCCGGAUUUGGUCACAGUUUUGUGGGCAAGCGAGCACCCGGAUUUGGUCACAGUUUUGUGGGCAAGCGAGCACCCGGAUUUGGUCACAGUUUUGUGGGCAAGCGAGCACCCGGAUUUGGUCACAGUUUUGUAGGCAAGCGAGCACCCGGAUUUGGUCACAGUUUUGUAGGCAAGCGAGCACCCGGAUUUGGUCACAGUUUUGUAGGCAAGCGAGCACCCGGAUUUGGUCACAGUUUUGUAGGCAAGCGAGCACCCGGAUUUGGUCACAGUUUUGUAGGAAAGCGUCCAGGUUUUAGCCACAGUUUUGUAGGAAAACGCGACGAAGACGCUGACUACAUCCUUUCAGAAGACCCUAAAGACAACUUUGAAUUCGACUCGAACGAACAGGAAAACGACGAGAGUGGCAGUGGGGACAUCACGCCAGAACUAGCCAUUGUAGCAGAGGAAAACGUCACGGGUGUAACGCCCCUAAAGGAAAUUGUUAAAGAGCCUCAAGUCGACCCUCCCCAAAACUCAGCACCAGAAGCUGACCACACUCAAGAAACCAGUCCGGACACGGAUAAAAGGGCCCCGCGUUUUGGACACAGUUUUGUAGGGAAAAGGGCGCCAGCAUUUGGGCAUAGUUUUGUAGGAAAACGGGCACCAGGAUUUGGGCAUAGUUUUGUUGGAAAACGUGCUCCUGGUUUUGGGCAUAGCUUCGUAGGUAAACGAGCACCAGGUUUUGGCCACAGCUUUGUAGGCAAAAGGGCUCCUGGGUUCGGUCAUAGCUUUGUUGGGAAACGCGAUGACCUAACCAGCGUGAACCAAGGUAAGCUAGUUGAGGCGAGUUUAACACCUGGUGAUGCAACAGAGCUCGUAGACUUAUUUCAAGCAGACGGAAUUGCCAAAGAACAUUUCGGUGACGCUGCAUAUAACGAGAAAAGCAGCAAAACAUCAAAUGUGUGA